AUGGGAUCAUCACCGGACGACGACGUGAACGACGACUUUAGCGCGCGUCGCUUUGUCGAGCACGUUUCCGAGCGAGUCCUCGUGGGCGCUUUACUCGCGCUUUUUAUCCACCAGAAGGAAAGCUUAAUCAUUUUAGCGCUGAUGACCCUUUUGGAACCUGUGUUCCAGAAAGCUGUGGAAGCAGUCGGCGAUAUCCUGGGAUGGCUGAGACGAUUACAUCAUCUGAGAAAACUGAACUGCGCGCCCGGGUAUAACGCGUUCAUCGGGCACACCGUUCCUCUGUUCAAAGCGGUCGGAAAGUACCCGUGCACGUGGGAUUUGUUCGCGUUUUGGUCGUCGGCGAAAGCGCCGAAACCGGUGAGAGUGCAAAUAUUUACGAGGCACUGCGUGGUCAUCGCGGACCCGGAACCGAUUAAAAGAGUGUUUAAUUCAAACAUUAAGAAUUACGGGAAAGACACGGAGUUCGCGUAUAACCCGUUCUUGGAUAUUUUAGGCACCGGUUUGGUGACGAGCGAAGGAGAGAGUUGGAAACGGCAACGAGGACGGAUAUCGCAAGCGCUGAGGAUGGAAAUUUUGGACGACGUGGUGGAUAUCGCCACCAGAGCGGUGGACAGGUUGUGCGUGAAGUUGGAGAAAAUCAGAGGGACGGGGGAAGAGAUUGAGUUAGCGGAGGAGUUUAGGUUGCUGACGUUACAGGUGAUUGGUGAGGCGAUUUUGAGUUUAUCGCCGGAGGAGUCGGACGAGGUGAUGCCGAAUUUGUAUUUGCCGAUUAUGGAGGAGUGUAAUCGACGAAGUUUGGAACCGUGGAGAGCGUAUUUACCGAAUAAAGAGUAUUUCGACCACAAGGAUAGGGUAAAGAAGUUGAACGCGUACGUGAUCAAGUUGAUCAGGCAAAGAUGGAAGUUGAAACAUUCCGUGACGGCGACGCCAAACGCGGACGAUUCCAUCGAUAAUCCGCACGCGGAUAUUUUGGAUCGCGUGUUGGCAGACGUGCCGAAAAGCGAAUACGGGCCGGAAGUGGAGAGGCAAAUGUGCGAUGAGAUCAAGACGUUCUUAUUGGCUGGCCACGAAACUUCCGCGGCGAUGUUGAUUUGGACGACGUGGGAGUUGGCGAAGGCGCCGGAGAAGAUGAAAAUAGCAACCGAAGAGGCGAAAAAAGUGUACAAGAAUAGCGAGAAAAAGAAUAAGAAAACGCCUUCGAGAGAUGAUUUGAACGGGUUAGAAUACAUCGUCGGCGCGUUGAAAGAGUCUUUGCGUUUGUACUCCGUAGUGCCGGUGGUUACUCGUAAAUGUUUAGGUGACGAUUAUUUAGGCGGCGAGUUCAUUCCGAAAGGCACGACGGUUAUUAUUUCCGUCCAAGGCGUCCACCACAGAGAAGACUUGUGGGAAAGCGCGCAAGCGUUUGAACCGAGAAGGUUCGUCGGAAACGAAACCGACGAGACCGGGAAUUAUUCAUACCUACCGUUUAUCCAAGGUCCUCGAAACUGCUUGGGUCAAUAUUUAGCGCUUUUGGAAGCUCGAGUGGUCAUGGCGAACUUGUUGAGAAAGUUCAAGUUCACCUCGAGCCGAGAGACGAACGGGGCUAAACACACGAAGAUGAUUCCAAUCGCCCCCGCCGAUGGCAUUUGGUUCACCGUAGAUUAA